GCGGAAGUGCAGGAUUCGCCGGAAGUAGCCGGCGUCUGGGACCGACGGACCCGCUGACAGUGUUGGACAGGAGCAGGCCGGAGCUGGUGAAAAGACUUGGUGGCUAUGGAGUUGGGCGAGCUGCUCUACAACAAGUCCGAGUACAUCGAGACGACCAUUGUGAUGAAUGACUGUAUUAUCCGAGGGGAUCUGGCAAAUGUAAGAGUUGGACGUCAUUGUGUUGUGAAGAGUCGGAGUGUCAUAAGGCCACCAUUCAAGAAAUUCAGCAAAGGCGUUGCAUUCUUCCCUUUACAUAUCGGGGACCAUGUUUUUAUUGAGGAAGAUUGUGUGGUCAACGCAGCUCAGAUUGGCUCUUACGUUCAUGUUGGCAAGAACUGUGUGAUUGGGCGUCGGUGUGUGUUGAAAGACUGCUGCAAAAUUCUUGACAACACAGUGUUACCCCCAGAGACUGUGGUCCCACCGUUCACUGUUUUCUCAGGCUGCCCAGGACUCUUCUCAGGGGAGCUCCCAGAAUGUACCCAGGAGCUGAUGAUUGACGUCACCAAGAGCUACUAUCAGAAGUUUUUGCCUUUGACACAGGUCUAAUGUCUCUGCCUCAUGUCUUGAAUUCGCUUGAGCUCUAAGAUAAACUUGGGGACAAAGUGAGCCAGUCAACAUCUACAAAGAUCUCUUGUGUCUUUGACACCUUCUACCCAUCCUUUUUUGUUGUUGUUGGGUUUUUGUUUAAUUCUUUGGAAUUUCUUAAUCAUCCUCAGUCUAAGCUCUUAAGACUUUAAUAUAGAAUGUCUGGAAGAGUUGUCUCCAAAUGCUCUGCUUAAACUGUAUCUAUUAACAGUCACUUCAUACCAUUCAUUAUAUGUGGAGCACAGAAUCAUCUGCUCCCAAUGCUCCCACCCUUGGUCCUGUGGAUGGCUGGGGCCUACCUGAGGCUGGCUGCAGAGCAGAGCAGUCUGUCCCAGCAUGGUAGUUACAAAGCUGGUAUGUAGUUCAUGGCCAUAAAUUCCCACAGUGAGCACCACUCACAGGGUCACUCUAAGCUUGCUGGCUGCUAACAUAUUUGGCCAGUUGCCACAAUUGCUUAUAAUCAUGAAGAAAAAGUAUUCAUGGCUUGAAAAGCUUCCGAUUCAUGUUGGCUACUGAAAUGAGAAAGGGGUGGUGGUGGUAUUUCUCUUUUUUCCCAGAUGACUUCAACUGUCAUUUUAACCAAGGGUGACUGAGAAAAGACUUAACAUUCUGUUGUAGGGCCUUUGGCUUUUACUAGAAGGGGGAUCCUUAGCACCCAGAUUUUAUUUUUGCGAAGUCCCAGGUUUGAAUCUCCCAUGAGGAUGGACUAGUCUGGCAGCCAUUCCUUGCUUCAAGGUAUUUGCAGGCAGCCGUAUAUGCCUUAUUUCAUUGAAGACAUAGCAUUUGUGAUAUCUGUUCCCUGCCAUAAAACCCUCCCUUUAAUUGCCAUAAACUUCACCAAAAUAUCUGUACUCUGGCCCAAUCACAUGUAUAUACUGGGGCCUCUUAAAAUCACUAUGUGGCACAAGAGUCCCAAGCAGUCAGUGAAGUUGCCAAUACCAUCCUUACUGUCUUCUGGCUAAUAGUACAGUCCUCCCUGGUUCUGCUCUGACUUCUUGGUUUAGAAGGAAGAUUUAGAAGUGAAGUCCUGAGAAUGUUGGCCUUGCUUAAUGCUCUGAUUCUCCUAUGAGUGCUCUGGUUCUCCAUGGAACUGUUUAGCCUUGGAUCUAGCAGGCACUGUACUGACUCAGUAUCCAUUUAUGGGGUUGACAACUAUAUAUAAUUAUCUCCACUCAUUCAGUGUAAAACUGCUUUCUGGUUUGUCAUUUUUUUUUUUAUGUUUGUACAUUAAAAGAUUGACAACCAAACAAGUUAUUUAAAGUUGAUCACUCUCCCCCUCUGUUGAUGGCUAUCUCUAUUCCUCAGGCACUUCACUAUGUGCCUGGUACCCUGCUGUGGGCUUUACAUUCACUAGCCUGCUCAUGGCUCACAUUUUACAGAUGAGAGUAUUAGUUAAUGUGGUCCAGUGCAUACAGUGAGGAAGUGGCUGGCCCAGGAGUCACAGCCAUAUCUGUCUGGCUCCACAGCCCAUGCUCUUCAGAUGGGACAAGCUUGCCCUUAGAGCACCCCUGCUGUGCAUCCUGUCUAAUACAAGCAGUCAGUGAUGGUUGCAUCAUUUUUUAUCAUAUCCUGGCCUCUCCUCCAGCCCUGUUCUCCUUUUGUGCCACCAAACAGGUGAAUGUUCAAGUUGGCAAAAUAUAACCUCUUGUUCAUUAGAGAAAUCUUCCAGGGCAUGUCCAACAUUACCAUCCCACCUGUGUUUGAAUACUUGCUACUAUAAGCGACUAACUGUCCAUUUCCUUUGUAAUCUUUUACAGUUUUAUUGAGAUAUAAUUGCCAUAAUUUUUGUCUGUCCAUUUUGUUGGUGAACAACCCACAAAGUGAGGAGGGUUAAGCCUCUUAAAACAAAACAGUUUGAAAAUCUUUAAGUAACUCAAGUAUAUGAUUCCAAAAGUCUGAUCUAGUUAAGAAAGGACAUGUAAUGAAGUAAGUCCUCCCAGUUCAGAGCCCCAGAGGCCACCACCCUGAACAGGUUCUGGUCUCUCCUGGCAGAGGUAGUCUGCAUAUGCGCAAGCAGGUAUGUGUAUAUGUACACCCCAGCCUCUCCACAUUCGUACAAAUAUGAUCAAACAUGAGCUGUGCUGUUUUGCACCUCUCUGCUCUGACUUAACAAUCUAUCUUAGAGAUUGCUCCGUAUUAGCAUGUAUAGGUGAUUAAAUAUCAAAUGCCAACACAGAGUGUUUACCACAUACCAGAUACUCUUCUGAGUUCUUUACAUUUAUUAAUUCCUCUGAUCUCCACAACCACCACAAGAUCUGUGCACUUAUUCUCCUCAAGAAACAGAGAUUGAGUGCCCAACUUUAUAUACUUAAUGCAGUGGUAAACCUAGGCAUUCUGUCUCUAGAGCCCGUACUUUUUUUUAAUCCUCACCCAAGGAUAUAUUUAUUCAUUUUUAGAGAGAGGGAUAGACAGAGGGAAACAUUGAUCAGUUGCCUCCCAUAUGUGCCCCUAUCAGGGAUCAAACCUGCAACCUAGGUAUGUGCCCUGACCCGAAAUCAAACCCACAACAUUUUGGUGAACCCAUACUUUUAAUUACUGUGCAGGAAUCUCUGCCUGUUAUACCUUUCAUUGCCCCAAGUUGCAUUAUCUGGCUGUAGAGAAAGCUGAGAAAGUGAGUAUUUUGGUUUUUCAGGCAGGCAGGGAGAAGGGGGAUUGAGAAUGAGUUUUGGGUGAACCAUCUAAUGAUGUCUGCUACAGGCAGGAAGUCUAGUGUUUCCUCUGAGAAGACAGUCUCCUUGUAUUGUGCCCUGUUGUCUUGUAGCUACACUUGUGGUCUGAAUGGUUAAAUGGGAGCAGGUGUCUGGAGAAUUGUCUGGCUUGCAGUCAUUAAUAGUGUCUGAAAAUGCUGCAUCAUAUAGUUGGCACUCCAUAGAGGAAUGUACAAACUAGAUGAAAUAAAAAUCCAAUUAGAACUGC